AAAAUCCAUAAUAAAAUAAUAUUGAUAACCGGGAAACAAGCAACGACGAUAGUCGCGCCCCCAAACAAAUAUUUAUUUCUAGGCUUUUCUUGGUUCGCUUUAGUUUUCAAAAUGCCAAUUGAUUAUUCCAAGUGGGACAAGAUCGAGCUUUCUGAUGACUCGGACAUAGAGGUUCACCCAAAUGUCGACAAGAGGUCUUUUAUCAGGUGGAAACAGAGAGAUAUUCACGAAAAGCGGAUGCAAAGAAACAACGAGAUCAAAGGUCUGACGAUCCAAAAAGAGAUGUACACCAGAUUGAACGCGCGGGUGGAUAAGAUGGUUGAAACUUUAGGGAACAGUAUUGCAGAUGAAAAGAAGCGGAACGAAUUCUUAAACACCAAUUUCGAUCCAAAGGAGAAGUGCACCUUGGAGGAAAACGCCGACAAUAUUCCGUACAACGAAAUGGUUGAAGACCUUUUUGUGCAGAUUUCUGACGACCUAAAAAAGGAAGAGAAGGAUAGCAAUGAUCCAAAGCUUGUGCUGGCAAAACUGCUUGAGCACAGAGCGAAAAUUGAGUCUGUAUUGAAGCAGAUCGAUCCAAAACUGGAACAGCUCAAGAAGGAGAAGGAGCUACACAUUUCGAGCGAGGAUAUUCACGACGGGUGGAACAGCUCGAUUAUCAACAAAACUCCAUCAUCUUCUGCUCCGCCAUCGGGCGACUCUGGCUCUUCCAAAAAGACCAAAUCCACAGCUACCACCAUAGAAACAAUAAACAGCCCAGAAGUUUCCCAAUUAGCCCAAGUGCCUUCCAAGCCUCUGGACCAGCUUGAAGAGCUAGAGCUUCUACCAGAAACGAAGAUUUUUGCAAGUAUUCCUGCUACCGACUUGUUGAAGAGCAUCAAAUUCCUUGAAAGCCAUCUUUAUAUCGUUUGCGAGCAGCAGAAAGAUGCCUUGAUGAUGAGCACGUUUGACGCCCAACUAAGUGGGGACAUCAAGACUGCCAAGCAGACCGUUCACCAGGCACUGAUUCUUCAGUACUUGAACGAUUUAUUCAAUGCUGCCGGUGGACCAAAGGCCACGGUUCAGCAGAAACAGCAGGCAGUUGGAUUGUUUGUUACUAAGCUAAUGGACAAAUCGUCGCCAGCCUCUCGCACGUUUGAGGCAGAUUUGGAAAAGACAUAUAAACAUAUUGUUAGCAGGUGUGAAGUCAUCAAGCAGGAACAGGAACAGAACGCCGGACAAGAAGGCGUGGAGCAGAUCCAAUUAAGAUCUAUGGAUCCAAAUUCAGAACUCGUUGUUAAUCUUCCAAAGGAAGGGACUCCUGAAUAUGAAGCUUUCAAGCAGAUCCCAGAGAACAUGCAAAAGGCGUUGGAGACUAAGGAGCUCGACGCCAUAAACAAAGUCUUUGCUACCAUGUCGGUUUCAGAAGCCGAAAACGUGUUAGAACUAUUUGACAAGUGUGGUGUGAUCCAGAUCCAGGCUUUGUUGGAAAACGAGGAUGAGUUUAACCAUUUGAAGGAGGAAUAUGAGGAGCUAGGAGACGACGAAGCCGCUGAGGUUGGUGAACAGCCAUCGUCCACCGCGGACGUCGUGGACUAGGCGACUUAUUUGAGGUCAGGCAUUCUGAGGAUCUCGUUAUCUUUAUUUUCGCUCAACUCCUGUAAUUGUUUCAAAAUCUUGGAAUUCUUCCAUUUGUCAGGCAGAGGAGUAACAUCAUAGUUCUUGGUUGCCCAAUAAUAGAUGUCCCAAUCUGGCUCGUCAAGAAGCUUAUCGUACUCUUCUAGUUCGCUUGGGGUCAUAGUGUCUAGGUAUUUGUCGGCAAAUCUGCUCAAUAGCAGGUCGGCUUCCAAGAUGCCUCUCUUCCUGGAUUGGUAAAGCAAUCUUCUUCUCUUUUUUUCGGUAGACUCGUUGAUUCUUGGAAGUGGCUCCACCUUGAUCUUGACCUCUCCAUCCUCCUGUCUGAGGCUGUGGCGGCUCGAUCCUUCGUUGAGAAGCGGUCUUAUGAAUGAGAACGUUCUGAUUGGUCUGACUAAUCUCAGCAUAAAUAAAGUAAAUUACAA